AUGAAGUCUAAUUUGAAGGAUGACGUCAAAAAAGAAAUUAUACAAAAACUUAACUAUAAAAUCGGUGGCGAUAUUAACAAUUUAGUAAAUGCAUACGAAGUUGAAAACGAGUGCGUGCUUAAGAGAAAUCAACUUAAAAGCUUGCUGAAUGCUGCUAGCGAUGAAGUACCCAACAAACUUUCUUCAGCAAUCGCCAAAGCCGAAUGUAAUUCACAACAGAUUGACCAAUUGAGAGAGAAAAGAAUUGAAUUGAUGAAAAAAGUAGAUGGCUUCAUUGAGAAAACCCAGCCAUUGAUGUCUGAGUUGAAUAAAAGAUUUACAGCUAUUGGUAGACUUGAAGAAGUUUUGUCUUAUUUUAAGUCAUAUGCUAGAAUUGAGGAACUAAGUAAUCAGAUGAAACAAUGCAAAGAUGAUGAACAGUUGGUUGUCAUGUUCGGAGAGAUGAAGGAGAUGUGCUCCAAAUACAAGAAACCACACCAACAGACAUAUAUCAAGGAUUAUACACACUACUGGCAUAAUAUACUCAAGGACAACUUUACUAGAAAUUAUGAAGAUGUUCUCAAAGCAUUGAAGUGGCCAUUCACAUCACAAGCUGAGAUUGCCCCUACCAAGGAAGUAAUGAACAGAUUUACAACUGUUACCAGACAUCUGUUCUUGGUACAGGAACCUAAAUCAAUGGUUGUAUCAAUAUCUGGUGACUUUAGUCAAGAACCAGAACCAACAUUGCCAAUAAAAUUACUACUGAAGCCUCUCAAAAAGAGGUUUAUGUUCCACUUCACUGGAUCUCGUCAGACAGCGAGGAUUGAUCGACCCGAGUGGUUCUUAACUCAAACAUUAACUUGGAUUAAAGAUCAUCAAGAUUUUGUCAAAACCAAUGUACAGCCUAUCGCUGAAAAACUAAACAUGAAAAAUGUGAACACAGUGGAUGAAUUCAACGUGGGUAUAAUAUCAUUGGCAGCGGAACGUCUUCACACUGUAUUAGGCAUCUAUCACACUCAGACUAAACACGUGUUGGAUGUUGACGCGGCGUUCGCGCACGCUGUGGACGAAACCUUAGGAUUUCACAGAGAACUUGUUAAUAUAACGGGCGGAGAAUUGAACAGUGUGCUGUCUGUUCUUACUAGAGCAGAGACCUUUGUUCGGUGGCUGGCCGUAGAGAAGAAAUAUGCUCUAUCAAAAAUGGAUGAAACUCUCGAUAAUAGUCAAUGGAUUGAGCCGGUAGCUUCAGGCGUUGUAUCAGCUGUGGGUUCAGUACUAUGGGUUCCACGAGGUGCUGACUGGUUCAUAGCAUUACUUAAAACCAUAGAAGACAGAUACGCUAUGCUGCCACAACCAGGACAUAGGUUACAAUUCCUGGAACUACAACUGGAAUUGAUCGAGGAGUGGCGUAUUCGUUUGACGCAGUUGUUGGGGGCGGCUGUGACGUCACUCACACCAGACACCUUCCUCACAGCCGGGCCUCAUCCUCUUAUAGCGAUCAUAAACACAGCUCAUCAUACUAGGAAUGUAUUGUUGCAGUGGGCUAAUUCAUUGCAUUAUCUGCAAUUACACUACUACAAGCGUCAGUUCCAUCACUUCACCCAGCAGCAGCACAAAGAGGAGAGUGAUGAGAGUGUGUACGAUGAUGAAUACUACUACGAUGAUGAUGAUAAGACUGAGGACACGCACAGCAAAGACGAAGAUCAAAUGGAAGAAGCGCUAUCGUUAAACGACGUCGAAGUUCGUGCGAAGAAGAUGGCGCUGAACGAAAUAAAGAGACGGAACUCUGUUGUUAAUGAGAGUCAAUAUGAUGUUCCAGGUGUAAGUCCAUCAAGUUCGGAGGUGGAGGAAGGCGCGGUGUUCUGUGAGUCUCCGGCGCUGCUCGCUCACCUCAGGGACGCGGGCAUAGCGGCGCUGGCUGAACAUAUACUGAUGGAGUUCAAGGCUACUAUACGGGAAUACAAGAAACAAAAAUGGCACUCUAUGGUAACUAUGGAGCAAGCAGCGUUGUCAGUAUCCGCGCCACUAUGUGCACCUCUAUCUGGUGCUGUAUCGCGUGCUGGCUGCGCUGCCGGCACUCUAUCACCGAGACUCGCGGAACAUUUGAUGACGCAUCUCGCUGCAUGCGUUGAUAUGUACCUGUUCGAGGAAGUAGUUCUGGAGAGUUGGUUCAACACGGGCGGGACGUUGCAGUUCACACACGACGUUAAGAGAAACCUCGUGCCCGCGUUCGCUCCACCGAAUAAGAAUGCAUCUAAAUUGAAUCACCUCCCGAGAUUAUUGGAAGCCUGUAAACUUUUGAACUUGGAUUACGACGACGCAAGACGGCUACGUUCACACUUAUCAAAACAGCCCAACGAGAUGUCCGAUUAUUUGACGAAUUUAAACAUUAAUCACAUCAAACCAGCCGAGGCUCUACGCAUAUUGAACCAACGAACAGAUCUCACUGAUACUACUUCACCGUCAUCAGUCAUGGAGCUCUUCUGA